AAAAUGUUGCAUAACUUUGUGUUCGACAUUUGUGGAUUGCGUUUCACAUAGGAGAAACUUGAGCAGCAGUGUAUUGAUUACAUCCGGCAUACGGUGGGACGUGAUAAGAUCGUGCUAAUGCUGGUAAGCGGUGGAGUCGAUUCCGCCGUUUGUGCUGCCCUUCUCCAUAAAGCACUUUUCCAGGGUGACGACUCUUCGCGAGAGCAGGCAAUCCAUAUCGAUAACGGUUUCCUGCGUAAAGAAGAAUCCGAGCAGGUCGUCACUAGUUUACACCAACUAGGGAUCAAUCUUCGGGUUGUUAAAGCAAGUUUGACUUUCUACGAUGCUUCCGCCAACGUGCAUGGUCACCACACUUUGUCGUUGUGUCGGACUGUAAAUCCGGAAGAAAAACGUCGAAUUAUUGCCAUUGGAGAUACGUUUGUCAAAGUUGCAGAUAGAACGGUUAACGAUUUAAAUCUCACUUGGGAUAAUCUAUUUCUCGGAAAGGUACUUUGAGACCAGAUAUAAUUGAGUCCGCUUCGCAUAGGGCUACUUCGCGCGCUGACGCCAUAAAGACUCAUCAUAACGAUUCCGAAAUGGUUCGUCAGUUGCGCCUUCACGGCCGUGUAGUAGAACCUUUUAAAGAUAAUUGCAUUGAGACUUUCAUAAAGAUGAAGUAAGAUCCUCAGGUCGCGAGCUGGGUCUGCCCGCAGAAUUACUGGAACGUCACCCCUUCCCUGGUCCCGGUUUGUCAAUUCGAAUCCUUUACGCCGAAGAACCGUUCAUGGAAGCUGAUUUCGGUGAGGUGCAAGUGCUGAUUCAUCUGAUAGUCGUUUAUGCCAACAUGGCAGCCAUUAGUACAGCAGUCCAUUACACUACAGUAUAGACUUUUGAAAUUGAAAAAUCAAUCAGCUUUGUCGUCUCGUGAAGAUCUCUUUUCUUUCUUUUAAAGGGAAGUUCACGUGAUGACUUGUUGGCUAUUCCUUAAACGUGCAUGUACAUGCACAUUUGUUGGAAAUAAUGGGUGCAGUUGUUUUUCGUCGAACAAUUAUACAUUGUUAAUGUGCAGCUAGGUGGGUUGUUGUUGCUCUUCCUUGUAAAUCUACCCUUUUACUGUACUUGUUAUAUACCCUUUUAUUAUACUUGUUGGUUAAACCACGAAGAAUACCAAUAGAUGGAUAAGUGGAGGGUUAUAAAAAAGUAUAAAACUGUAA